AUGUCAGAUAGCUCAUGCUCCGGCUCUACGCCAUUGAAGGGCCUUCUCAAGCAACAAGACCAUGCAACGCAACACGAUCGGAUCUCUAGUUCAGCCCCGCCACAUGAGUCCUUUCGACAGACUCCCAAUUCGAGCCCGGGUCACAAGGCGUUUACAGACUUUGUCGCCGACAACCAUUCAAUACCAGCGGCUGGUCCAGGACUGAUUCAUGCGGGAUAUCCGAGCCCAUCGCAGUAUAGGAACCCCAUUUCCAUCGCUCAUCCUCAUCCCGUUGCGGCGCAACCCCUCCAGGCUCAAACUCGCGAGGGCUGGGCAAAAGAAUUUGCCGAACAAGCGAACAAUACCCCUUUUACCCAUCUCUCUACUGGGAUCGAUGGAUUCCGUACGGCGUCAGCUCUGGGCACUUCAACCUUUCUCCAUCAACAAAGCAGAACAACUGUCAUGCGCCAGCCCGCGCCUUACGCACUGGUGAAUCUUGACCUCCCUAUAGCGGAGUUUUCAACGCCCAAGCUCGGAGGUGGGGCGGAGAUCAAUGAUUGGAUGAGAGUGCACAUGCCUCAACGAGAGGACUUCGAAGGUGUGGACGAGGCCUUGCUGCAGCUCUCUCAUGAGCUGGAAGGAUUCACCGUUCAACCUGAGCCCACGGUUGAUCUUCCAGCGACCCAUGAGGUAGAUGGAGUCAGGUCAUCAGGCUCCGAACUAUUGCCGAAGAGUGAUCUCUCACGCGAUUCCAUCCUGGAAGAGUCUGCAGAGGCAGACACCUUGCAGCCCGGGAUACCAGGCUCAUCAACUGUCUCAGACGUGGCAAAAAAGAUAUUGGAAACUGUAGGACACGAGGACGAUAGAGAGAGGCUGGGUUUGGAAAUAAGAGCUAAGGAUGUUGAUGUUGCUGCCCUUGUCAACUCGACCUUCCUCGUUGACUUCAUGGUUGGAAGUCUGGCAGACGAACAGCGCAGGCGAGAGCGGCCCCAGCAGCUCACCCACACGGUUGAACUGUUCUCGUCUACCAAUUCUCCCCUAAAACUUCGCACCACCGCAACCAUUUCUCAACAAGACGUUCCCGUCUUCAUCACGGAUUCCCUUCCAACAUGGCGUUCCCCAACCCCUUCCAGUCUGCCGGUCCCACCCGUGCCACGCGACUUCCAACAAGCCCCUCAACACGACUUCGUCUUCCCCACGCCCGACCGCCUUUCUGCACGAGGGUCAAGUUCACAACGACCAUCAAGAUCUGUUAGCCGUAGGCCUCCCGUACCGUACUUUACUCAUCGAACGGGAAGCUUGCCGCAGUCGCCUGUAAGGAUGGAUAUUAGAGAUCUUGAAUUCGAAGAUUUUUCGACGCUGGCUGGUAGUGCUGGAAUGUCUGGCACCGCGUUUUCUUCUCCUGGCCUCCCUACAUCGUAUGAUGUGGCGGGAAGCUCAGCCAGUUCAGUCACAAACGUCGGCACAGUGUCACCACAAGAUCUUCUCGUCCACGAGCCGUAUAUGUCAGCACCAAACUCGACGGCGUUGACAGCGCUGACUUCACCAUCGAUGUACGACGGCUCGCCAGAGUUCAACGAUGCUUUUAAUAUGUCACCAAGCCUAGGCAGUUGCGAUUUUGAGACCGGCUCAAAUGACCCCUGGUUUCCUCUCUUUCCACCUGAACCAUCAAUGGAAACCUCGGCUGAGUUUCAUAACGCGCCUAUUGCGUUGCAAAGUGGUUUGAAGGGUACAGAGGCCUCAGCCACUGCGAAGAAGCGAAAGGGCGCUGGCUCGCCUGGGCGGCACUCGUCUGUGGCUGGCGUCAAUUCACGGCGGCGUGAGAAGCCCUUGCCCCCAAUCAUAGUCGAUGACCCAAGCGAUGUCGUUGCUAUGAAACGGGCUCGCAACACCCUCGCGGCACGCAAGUCGAGGGAACGAAAAGCCCAGCGGUUAGAGGAACUUGAGGAACGGAUUUCGAAGUUGGAGCAGGAGCGUGACUAUUGGAAGCGGAUUGCGCAGGAGCGGGGCGAUGCAUGA